AUGUCAACAUCGACACAUUUUAUGCAUGGUCUCCAGCAACGUACGGAAUGGGGCAAGUGCUUCGAGCUGAAAGGGUUGAUCUUUGGCGACAAGCCUCGAGAGAAAGCCAUCGGCCGCCGAGCCGCGAGUGUCAAGUGCCGCAUGGAUGUCACCGAAAGAGAGGGACAUAUUUGGAGGAGUACUUCUGCUUCGUCAAAAUUUGGACGAAGUUGUCCUGGAGAUCCUUGCAGCGAUGGAUAG